AUGGACGCUCAACCUGACGGCCAUAACCAAGACCAUGACCGUGGUGUUGAGUCACCACCACACCCAGAACUUUCACGCUCAGCCCACCUCGAUACCGCCUCGUCGCCGCCAGACCCAGAUCAAAAUUUAAACCCCCAUGUUGUCCUUGGAAGCCCCAUCACCGUCCCCGUCGAGGGCCAGCCAUCUUCAUCCAGUCCAUUGGACAUUCGCUCAAGACCAGCUUUGUCUCAAGCCUCCCCUGCCAGCAGUCAGGCCAAGACUGUAGUUCCAUCAGGGGACAUAGAAGCUCAUAUCGCCGCCUAUUUUGAAUAUUUCCACCCCUCCUUCCCACUACUUCACCGACCAACCUUUGGCAACGACACUCCAGAGCUGCUGAGAAACAUAAUCACCGCCAUCGGCUGCCUCUACACGGCUCGAACUCUGCCUGAGGAAGGUGCACUGUCAUGUAUUCGGCUGAGCCAAAGUCUGUGGGACACAGGACGUCGAAGACUCGCUCGCCUCGUGGGCUCAGACUGGAAGGAGCUACGGAGGAUAUGGACCAUGCAGGCUUGGUUGCUGCACAUUAUCUACGGCGCCUUCAUGGGCGGUGCUUCUCAAUACAAAGAGGCCAAGAAGAUGCUACGCACUGGUGUAGACGCUGCCCAAGACCUCGGAUUACUCCGACAAGCCGUAGCUACUUCUGCGUCCCAGUCCUGGAUCAGGUCCUACGAUGCGCCACCAUUCGAGGGAAAUGAUGUGGAUACACUCCAGGGCCUGUGGAUGUUGUACGUCGAUGAGGAGUCGAUGAAGCUAUCUAUGUACACGCUUCUCUUCCUCGACUUCCACAUAUCAGCCCCCUGCAACGUCCGCAUGAUGACCUCGUCACUCGACCUUGACUGGGAACUCCCCUUCUCCAUUGCCCUGUGGGAAGCAGACACAGCAGCGACCUGGUCGGAGAUUCUCGGCCAGGAGCCGCGCAUCCAGGCCUUGCUGGGAUCAGACGAGACGGCCGGCCCUCCUUGA